UUUAGCUACGGAAGCGGAACACGUCCGUCGCAGGACGGAGGCGUUUAACGGAGUUACAAACGCCGUUCAAAAGGCUCUUUCUGCGCGUUACAGCAUGGAUGGCGCGCAGAGGACACGCGUGUCUGUGCUCGGAUGUGUCGCGCUGUUUGUCGGCGCCGUUAACGCGUUCAGUCCCGCGGACAGCGAGUUCACGUUUCUGCUGCCAGCUGCCAGCAAAGAGUGCUUCUACCAGAGCGCCGUUCGGAACGGCAGCGUCGAGAUCGAGUACCAGGUGAUCGCUGGAGCAGGUAUGGAUGUGGAUUUCUCCAUCGUCUCUCCUCAGGGGAUCUACCUGGUCUCGGAGUUUCGCCGUUCCGACGGCGUUCAUAUGGUGGAGCCCACGGAGGCGGGAGACUAUCAGAUCUGCUUCGACAACAGCUUCAGCAGGUUCUCCGAGAAGAUGGUCUUCUUCGAGGUCAUCAUGGACAGCCCAGCCAAUGACGCGGGAGCGGAUGACGAGUGGGCGGGGCUUGGAGAGCCAGAGAACCUAUUAGAGUACAAGCUGGAUGACAUAAAGGAGUCGAUGGAGACGGUUCACCGGCGGCUGGAGCGCAGUCGGCAGAUGCAGACAGUCCUGAGGGCCUUCGAGGCUCGCGACAGGAACCUGCUGGAGGACAACCUGUGGCGGGUCUCCUUCUGGUCCUGUGUCAACCUGCUGGUGCUGCUGAGCGUGGCGCUGACGCAGGUCUACACCGUCCGCCGGCUGUUCGACGACAGGAGGAGAGUCUGCUCCUGACACCAGAGACCACACACAGCCAGAUAAGAGCAAUAACAACCACAGCAGCCAUAAUAACGGCCCGGUCCAGCCGAGAUGAGCGCGCUUCAUCUGGACUUUACCUAGCUGUCCGUUUCAUGUCUUCCUGUCGCCUCAAUGUUCAUAGUUCUGUCGUUUUCAGUCCCGUCAUUUCCUGAUGCGAGAUGAAGCCGUUUUGGGAAAAUGUGAAAAUGUGCCGUUAUCGUCAACAAAGGGAAUCUUCUGUACAGCCGUGUGCUUUUUUUAAAGAGUUUUACAGAUUAAAUCUAAUAAAAGGGGUUGUAUGUUUGUA